UCAAAUCAUGCAAUUAAGCGUUUGUGAUUAUGCAAAACUUCAUCUACAGUCAACUCUCUCAUUUUCUCUUUAGAGACAAUGCCUAUGAUUUUUUUUCCAGUUGAGAAGAAGAAGUGGUGCAUGGUGAUGAACUCCUCUCUUCUUCAGAAGAAGAAUUCAAUCACUUAACAGACUAUAGACAUGCACUUCAGUGCUUCCACUAUGCUACAUUUGCUUCUCUCUCCUUAUUACUUUCUCUAUGUUUUCUCAAAUGCUUUUUCUUCUCCCUCUACUUUUUCAGUUUCUGCUUUAGCCCAAUGAUGCCAAAAUUCUUUAUUAUCAUUUGUCUCAACUCAAUCAAUUUUCAAAAUAUUAUUUGACCAAUGAAUGUGUUUCAAGUGUCAUUCAUUUGUACAACCAACCGUUUCCAUUGAAGUUAGUACUAUUUCACAAAGACCUUCUUGGCAUCACAAUUUCUUAGCUUAUUUUAUUCACAAUCCUCAGUUUAUAUAAAAUUAUAAUUUAUUACAAUAAUUGUUUUCCAUUUGUGCUUAUCACAAUUCAUUGUUGUAUAUAAAUAAGUAGUACCUCGUAAACCAUCGAAAAAGUUUUUCAGUUGAGUAAUUGAGUGGUGAGUGACAAUGACGGUUGAAAACAAAAACAUUGUGAGCUCUUCUUCAUCAACUCCUACAGAAUUGCCUCUAAGUUUUCCUCCUUUCAACAAUCUGGCUUCAAUGGAGUUUGAUCCUUCUGAGAUCAUUGAACGCUUAAAGUCCAUACCAAUGAUCAGAACUCGUCCUGGCCAAGAAGACAACUUUAUUGGGAAUCAGGUUGAUGAUAAGAGUACUUCGGAGGAAGAAAAAGAAGGUGAUACAAUCUUCAAUCCCAUUGAUCUUGAUGGUUAUUCUCCAUCAGCUAAAAAAUGUCCUAAAUGCAAUUUUGACAUCGAAGUUUCCGCACUGCUUGACUGUUCAGAAGAUCAGACAUACGUCUCAUAUACUAUGAUUUGUCCUGUGUGCCAUGAAAAUUUAGGGGAGGAGGCAAUCAGAAAUAUGCAGAGUUCAAGCUUCCCAGCCGUGCCAAAGGGCAUUUGGAAGCCGUGGGAAAACUCCAAUGUUGAUUGGGAAUUGCAUGACAAGAGAGAUACCAUCACUAAUGCAGAUGUUCCAUCUCAGGACAAUGCAUAUGUUCCAAGCUUUGAUGAUUUUUUCUCAGAUGAAGAUACCAUCAGUAAUGCUUCAGACGUUCCUGUUGAAAAAGGCAUUUCCAACGGAAAAAGCUUUGAGAAAGAUGCACCUGAUACCAGCGAUGAACAUGUUCAAGAGAGAAGUGACAGGGCUGCAUUUGCACAGGAGCUUCUCAUUUCAGCAUUAUUCUUAGAUUAAUGAAAUUUGAUAUAUAGUCGUAGCGAGGAACAACUUAGUUAUAUCUUCAGAUAGCCUUGAUGCUUGUAACAUCAAGCAUCGAGUUUUAUUAUGGUGCAUGAAUUAUUAAUAUAGGAUAACAACAUAUCUUUAGCAUAUUGGAUAGCUAGAAAAUUGGAUGGUUGGCUUUGUGGCAAUGUGGUUACUGAAUAAUUUAGUGACAUUUCUUUAUUAUC